UUCUCCUUCCUGCCCGGAGCAGCCAUGGCCGGCGAGCAGCCUCUCGCUGCUGGCGGGAAACUCCGCCUCAAGCGCAGGAGGCCGCCGGGGCGAGGAGAAGCCGCCCGCCCGACCCCCGCCGCCGCCGCCGACGGCCGGCUGCAGACUGAGGGCAGCGGCCCUGGGUGGUUUGAAGCACCAGACUUAAGCGAGGCUGACAGAACAUGGCUGGCGUUACUCCAGACUGCAGAUUCCCAGCUAAAUCGCUCCAACUUAGACAAAGUGGUCAAGCUUCCAGAGUUUCUUACAAAGAGCUCUCAAAUUACCAAUCCCCAGCCAAAGCCGGAAACAUUUAAUAUUGGUUUGGAACAGUUUCAGUGGGAGCCCUUUCCGCUUUACCAGAGAGACAUCAAAACGAUCGAUCACAGCGUUCGUCAAAACUCAGGGAGCCCAACUACCAGUGUAGUAGAACAGGAAAUGUACGAAGAUGAACAGUCCAAGAUCAUGUCUCCUGUUCCGAAGCAAAAACCGCUCACAGCCUAUGAGUACACAGCUGAAGGGUCAAAAAUGAGGCACAGCACAGGCUAUUCCUCUAAGGAUUGUGGGAAGAAGAUUAAAAACUCUCCGCGCACUCCCCGUAAGAACUCAGCCAAGUCUUUCUCACCAGCAACCGUGCAGCAGAAGCUGGGCUUGCGAGAGCUUUGGAAAAAGGCUUCUACACAAAGCAAACCGAAAAGCACGAUAGAAAGUGAAGAGGAAGGAGCAUCCAGUGGUACCUUGACACAAAAUAAGACAACACUAUUACCUUCACAAGGAAGUGCUGUUCACUCCGGCAUCUCCAGCCUUCAGCUGAAACCAGGACGCCAGAAUGAAGACAUCUCAACUCUUGACUGCUGUCCUAUGUGUCAGUUUCACUUCACUGGAACACUGUCACAACUGGACCGGGAUAGUCAUCUGGCUAAGUGCUUGUCUGAAAGUACGGAAGAUAUGAUUUGGUAAUUUGACAAGAAUGACAAAUCAAGAUGUCAUCUGGGAAACAGGCUGUGUUUGCAGAGAAAUUUAGAAAGUGUAUACCCCAUUACUGUGAUUAAGGAGAAAAGUAGACGUUUAAAGAGACACCUAGUUGUUCUUUUAUUAUGUUAUUGACCCGCAUUUGUAUCCUGAUCUUGCAAUAAGACUAUUUGGAGAACGUUGCUGGGAGAACGAGAAGAAUCCAGAUGCACACAUGUUCUUGCACAUAAACUAAAAUAUUACGGAAGAAUUUUUCAAAAAUUCCAAUAGCUUAAUGAAAAUGUGUAGAAUUAAAGAAUCACUCAAGGCAAUGUGAUUUUUUAAAUCUACGUCAGUGGGAAGCAUUAAUUGACAGGAAAGCUUUUUGAAAUUGUACGCUUCCAAUAUGUGUUCCUUGAAACCUUAAUAAAAAGGUUAAAAGGCGGUUAGAAUUUCCUCA